AUGUAUUCGGCAAAGAAUCGAAAAACGGUAAAACCAAUUGAACAAAAGAAUCCAAAUACAAUUAUUCAGAAUCAUGUUAUGAAAAAUACCAAUGCGGCCAAUGUUUUAGUUGCUGAGUAUGAUGUCAUUCAUAAAGAAAGACCAAUAUCAUGUUGGAAACGUGAUUUAAUCAUCCCUCGAUGGUUGUUGUUAACAUUAGUUACAUUGGGUAUUCUCGCCAUCGCUGCAUUUCUGAUCUUUACAUUGAUUGUUACUUUGCAAAAGUCAGGAAAUGGAGGACCGUGUAAAACGAACAGUAAUUGUCGACAAGAUCUUGGUUUAAUGUGUAACAAUUAUCGUUGUGGAUGUGCCUAUUCACAUUUUUGGAGUGAAACAUAUUUAACAUGUGAACGACGACGAAUGAUCAAUCGAACGUGUGUCAAUGAUUCCGAAUGUGAUAUUUUAGCAAGUCUUCAAUGUUUCAAUGUUACAUUAAGUAAUGGUGAUAUUCAACUUCAAUGUCAAUGUAAAGCGUCAUUGAAUUGGGAUGGUGUUAUUUGCAAAGAUCAAGGUCUAUACAAUGAUUCAUGUUUAACCGAUGCAAAUUGUGAUACGACACGAUAUUUAUAUUGUGAUUUAUCAUUGGGAAAAAUAUGUCAAUGUAAUGCAUCGAUGUUUUGGAAUGGAAAAAAAGGUUCAGGCACAUGUGAAUAUAAAAGAACGGUAAAUCAAUAUUGUUAUCCAUAUGAUGAUAGUUGGUGUGAUUAUUCUGCUCCAAUGGGUCAAGGUCUAACAUGUGCCAAGUAUUCCAAUCCAUAUGGAAGUGAAUAUGGUGUUUGUCAAUGUGGAUCAACACAGUUCUAUAAUGGUACACCUUCAUUAGGUAAUGGUUUUUGUGAACCAUUACGAACAUUCAAUAAAUCAUGUGCAGCUACUUCAAAUUGUGAUUAUCGAAAGAAUUUAGUAUGUACAAAAAAUCUCUGUUCAUGUCCAUUAAGUACAAACUAUGAUCCAUCAGUUACUGUCUCUGCUGGUGUCACAGGUUAUUGCAAACCAGCAGCAACUUAUCGGGAUAAUUGUACAUCAAUUAUUCUAUGUAGUACAUCACAAGGUCUUUAUUGUGAUUAUACGAUUUGGGGAUCAUCAACAGUUGGUCAAUGUUUAUGUAAUUCAAGUUUUACGUUUUGGGAUGGUUCAACAUGUGCAAAUAAAUUAUCUAUUGGUGGAAAAUGUACAACAACUGUUGAAUGUAGUUCAGGAGAUGGAUUGUUUUGUAGUAAUUAUUCUCAAUCACUAGGCACAUGUGAUUGUGAUAAAAAUCAUUUUUGGAAUUAUACUUGUAUUCAAAAACAACUGUUCAAUACCAGUUGUACAUCAUCAUAUGUUUGUGAUGAUAAUCGAGGUUUGUUUUGUCAAGGUACAGGUGGUGCUCUCUUUCAAAAAUGUGAUUGUUUUAAUAUAAGUUAUGUAUGGGAUUCAUUGUAUGUUACGAAUCAUUCGAAAACAUGUGUUUUAAAAAUGGGAUUUGGUCAAUCAACAUGUUUUGGUGACAUGGAAUGUCAAGAUUAUCGAUAUUUAAAAUGUUUCAAUGGGACAUGUUUAUGUAAUUAUGAUAUGUAUUGGGAUGGAAAUGUUUGUCAAGAUAAACGAAAUCAUUCAGUUGGAUGUACAAAUACAUAUGAAUGUCGAGAUUUCUCACCAGUGAAUUUGAUUUGUACAACGACAACAACAGGAUUGAAAGCAUGUCUUUGUAAUAUAUCAUCAUAUUGGGAACCAUGUACAGCAACAUGUUUAAUUGCCAAACAUCGUCAUGAACCUUGUACAUUAGUAUCAAAUUGUUCAACACAAGAAUGUUCGAAACUUGAGAAUUUACAAUGUAUAAAUGAUAGUAAUUCUAAUCAAACCAAAUCUGGUUGGUGUAAUUGUACAAGUAUUCAAUGGUGGAAUGGAACAUAUUGUCGUGAUAAAGGCAUUCCUUCUUGGGGUGCGAAUGCGAGUGCUGUUUGUAAUGCGACAUAUCAAUGUGCAGAUUAUAAUUUAGUUUCUUGUCCAUUUGGUUCAAGUUCAAUAGCAUCUGUUGCUACAUGUGAAUGUGCAACAACGAAAUAUUGGAAUGGAAUCACUUGUAUUGAUCGAGUACUGUUUGGCCAAUCUUGUACAGAUUGGACAUUUAAUCCAGUGAACACAUCAACAUGUUUAUCAGCUGCUGGAGCGGGUCUGAUAUGUCAACAUUCGAGUGGUUAUGGUAAUGGAACGUUUGCAGGGACAUGUGUAUGUCCAACUAAGGCACAUUGGAAUGCAACUUUUUCGAUAUGUGUUUAUUAA